AUGAUGAAGACGUUAUAUGAGGAGCGCUUCAAUUUAAUGCUUUCUGCUUUACUUCGAGAUAUCCCGAGUUUCGAGUGCACGUUCAUUUCAUCUGGUAAUAUGUUUAACUGUGAAGUUCAUGUAGAGAAUGAACAAGCAGCUAAAAUGGUACUUCUUUUAACAAGUUUUUUUGACUCAUAUCACUAUGUAGUUCUUAAAGAUACUUUGACUGAAGACGAACUUGCAAAGUACGCACUUUUUUUUAAAUCUUCAACGGCACCAUUUCACUCGUUAAUUACCCGAGUUAAAGACAAAAAAAGUGGCAACUCACAACUGAUAGGGUGUGUGGCUACUUCGAAAGAAGUUAACCCAUCUAUCACUGAUGACUGGAAAGAACAACUCAUCCACUUCAUUGAUAAUGCAGAUGUCGUUCCAGACGUUGCUCCACCACUCCCACCUAAAGGUCAUAAAAAUAAAAGUCUCCCACCGUUACCACCUCAAGAACAACAAGAAGGCCCUCCUCCUCCACUCCCACCAAAGAAGUAUGAAGGGUAUAAGAAAAAGGACUUACCCCCUUGCCCACAACCUGAAGAAAUUGAACAACAAGAACAAUACGAGGAACAUAACACGGAACAAAAUGAGUACCAAACACAAACGAAUAUGUGA